CUAUCACUACUGACAGUGGUCGACGCCAAGAUGCACCUGUACUUCAACGACCGCUUCAUGGGGUUCGGCUUCAGCCACUCGCAGCGCUGCUACACCAUUUCGCACUGCUUGGACGACCACAGCAAAGACUCGGAGUGGAGCGGGCUCUCGCGUCUAGCGAAGAUUGCGUGGUACGAGGACCAAUACUGCGCUGGGGCCUCCAUCGCCAGAGGUGGCUCAAAGGGGUCCAUCAACUUCAAAGGCACGAAGCUCUACAACAAGGUCUCGUCCUUCAUGGUGCAGCUAGAGAGUCUGUACCCGACGGACGGCAUGGUCGACUACUGCCACGAGAAGAGCGAGCUCAAUAUCAACACGUCGACAAACGCCACCACUUUGUACUUCGAU